GUCAAGAAAUCUGAUGUCUUAACAUUUUUAAAGAAAAAAUUAACAGAACGGGCUCUGAGGGAAAAUGGAGAAAAGGGGGAAAAAGGUGCUCCAGGCCGCCCUGGACGAGUUGGACCUCCAGGGGAAAAAGGAGAAGUGGGAGACAAAGGGGAGAAAGGUAGCAUGGGGCGACAUGGAAAAGUUGGUCCCAUAGGCUCAAAAGGACAAAAAGGAGAUAAUGGAGAUAUAGGUCCACCUGGUCCUAAUGGAGAUCCAGGUAUUCCUUGUGAAUGUGGCCAACUACGAACAGCCAUUGGUAAAAUGGAUAAUCAAGUGACCCUGCUGACAACAGAGCUGAAGUUCAUUAAAAAAGCUGUUGCUGGUGUGCGCGAGACAGAUAAUAAGACGUACCUGCUGGUGAAAGAACAGAAGCGGUAUGUGGACGCCCAGCUCUACUGCCAAGGAAGAGGAGGGAUCCUGAGCAUGCCCAAGGAUGAAGCCACCAAUAAUCUCAUUGCGUCCUACAUCAAUCAAGCUGGCCUCAGCCGAGUUUUCAUUGGCAUUAAUGACCUUGAGAAGGAAGGCAGCUUUGUCUACUCUGACCGAUCCCCUAUGCAGACCUUCAACAAGUGGAGCACUGGUGAACCAAAUAAUGCUUAUGAUGAGGAGGACUGUGUAGAAAUGAUCACCUCGGGGGGCUGGAAUGAUGUGGCUUGUCACAUUACAAUGAAUUUUGUAUGCGAAUUUGACAAAGAAAACGUUUAAUAAAGUUUCCCCCUGCCAGGCUCUCUAUAUGAAUUUCUUUGGGGGAAGGUGAAUAAUUUGGGCAGUCCAACUAUUAUUG